AUGAGGUCCUACGAACAGAUCCCGCAAUGGGAUCAUACCGAUUCCACCGUGCACCCUGAGCCGCUCCUGUCACGACAAGGAGUAUUCCGUAUAUACUGGCUCACGGCCAUUGUCUGUUGCGGUGGCAUACUUUUCGGAUAUGACUCGGGCGUCAUCGGGGGUGUCCUCACCUUCGACUCCUUUCUCCGCGACUUUCAUUGCACCCCUGAUAUCCAAACCCGCGUGAGUGCUCUCGCGGUAGGGAUCCAACAGGCCGGCGCCCUGGUUGGCUGCCUGGCAAUAUGGCCUGUAACCAACCGCCACGGUCGUCGACGGGCCAUGAUGUACUGCUCCGCCAUCUUCUGUCUGGGGGUCGUCUUCGAGGUCAUCAACUCGCACUCCCUGCCACUCUUCUACCUUGGCCGCGUCAUCUGCGGCCUCGGGAUCGGGGGAUCCGCCACGGUGAUCCCCAUCUACCUCUCUGAAAUGAGCCCGACAGACAUGCGCGCCCGCCUGGGUAGCUGCUACCAGUUCACGUUCACCGUCGGCAUCCUCGUCUCCUACUGGGUCGAUUACGGAAUCCAAUUCCGCGCCCCCACCGCCGCGCAGUGGCAAAUCCCACUAGCCCUACAGCUCGUCCCCGGCGCUCUCAUGGGCCUGGGCAUGCUGAGUCUCGACGAAAGCGUUCGCUGGCUGCUCAGCCAAGGCGACUCCCAUCGCGCCUGGACCAGUCUAACCUGGAUCCGGGCAUCGUCCGGGCCCUCUGUGGCGGCUGAAUUCGCCCAAAUCAAAGAGGGCAUCGAAGCCGACCGCCACGCCACCGCCGACUUCCAUGUCCGCGAACUGCUCGAAAGACCCAAUGCCCGUCGAUUCCUGCUAGGGAUCAGUCUCUUCCUCGCGCAGCAAUCCACCGGCGCCACGGCAAUGGCCUACUUCGGGCCCCAGUUCUUCUCGCUGUUGGUGGGGGACAGCGGUGCAAACCAGUCCCUCACACUCCUGCUCACGGGGAUCUUCGGCGCCCUGAAAGUCAUCAGCUGUCUUGCGUUCAUCAUCUGGGUCGCCGAACGCUUCGGCCGAAGACCCCUGCUCAUCCUCGGCGCCCUGGCCAUGUCCCUCUGCAUGGUAUCCACUUCCUUUGUCGUCAGAUCUGACCCGUCCUCAAGCCACACCACCAGUAAUACUAGCAUAAGAUCCACAGGAAUAUUAACCAUCUCCCUAAUCUACCUGGACAUCAUAGCCUACAAUUUCUCCUGGGGUCCCCUCCCGUGGCCCUGCACAGCCGAGCUCUUCAACACGCGCAUCCGCGAACCGGGCGUCGCAGCCGGCGUCGCGGCCCAAUGGCUCGGCAAUUUCGUCUGGUCGGCCAGCACGCCGUAUAUCCUGGCGGGCAUGGGCUGGGCUACGUUUUUGUUAUUCGGGGUGCUAGAUCUGGCCAUUGCAGGGUUUGUGUGGGGCUGUUUGCCUGAGACGGGGGGGAGGAGCUUGGAGGAGAUCGAGGGGCUUUUUGAGAGUGUACUGGAUGAGGAGGGCUUGGGGAAGGGG